AGAUCACCAUGUUCAUCGGGAAAUGAAACAGAUGAUUCGUCAGAUAUGGAUUCACCAUGUCCAAUUUCAUCAAAUAUUAAAAAUAGUUGUGGUAUUGGUAGUAAUAGCAGUGGUAAUGCAAUACCAAAUGAAAUUACAUUACCAGAUUCACCAAUUAUUAUAAGUACUAAUAACAGUAAUAAUAAUAACAAUAAUAAUAACAAUAAUAAUAAAAAUAAUAAUUCAUCAACCAUACAUAAUAUAAUAAGUAAUCAACAACAAAAGCAUUCAUCAUCACAUGGUUCUGGUACUGGAGGACAUCAUCAUCAUCAUCAUAAUCAACAACAACAAUCAUCACAAAUUAUAACAUCAACUGGUGGUACAAGUUCAAGUUCACAACACAAUCCACAUCAUGGUGGUAAUUCAACAAAUUCUAAUAGUGGUGGAAGUGGAACAACAACAAUUAGUGGUACAUCAAAUACAUCAAAUGUACAAUUUUCUGGUAUAAAUAAUGUUUUAUAUCCAUCAACUUUGGCAAAUAUUCCUCAAGAAGUUCUAUUAAGUUUAGUACAAGCUGGUCAUUUACAAUUGCAUACUGAUGAAGAUGGUAGCGGUCAUCAAAUAAUAUCAAUUCCAUUAACAAUGACAUCAAAUAAUUCUGGUAGCAGUAAUUUAAGUGGUAAUAAUGGAAAUAAUGGUAAUUCUAGUCGCAAUACCACAAAUACCGUUACUAAUAACAAUAAUAAUCAAUUUGGUUUACUUACAUCAACAUCUUCAUCAUCGGUAUCAACAUCAACAUCAUCAACAGCAAAUAUUAUUGGUAUUAGUAGUGAUAAUACCUUAAUACCAUCAAAUUCAACUGUUGGGCAUAUUGUUUCAAUAAACAAUAAUAAUAAUAAUUCAAAUAAUUCAAAUAAUAUUGGUGGCGGUAUAAAUAAAAUUCAUGUUAAGGAUUUAUCCAAUAAAAUAGGAAAUUCAUCAUCAAAUAACGCAUUUGAAAUUUCUACAGCAGUUUUAGUAUCGGGUGGUAAAAAUGGUAGAGAAUCACCAUCAUCAGCGCCACCACCUCCGAUUCGAAUAAAAAAAGAAAUUGAAUGAAAAGAAAAAUGGAAACAAAAAAAAAAAAAAAUUAAUUACUGAAAAUUGUUCUUAUUUUUUUUUUUUUGUUUUUCUUUAUUAUUAUUAAUUUUUAAAUAAAUUAUAAUAUGCAAAAAUAAUCAUAUUUACACAUACAUACACAGAUAUGUAUGUAUGUAUAUACGUUAUGUGUAUAAUUUAAUAAUGGUUAUAUGCAAUAGGAUAAUAAAAUAACUGGUAUGAAAUUAAAUGGAAAAAAUAAAUUUAUUAUAAAAAGGAAAAUAAACAAAAAAAAAAAAACAAAAACGAAAGAAGAGAAAAAUGUCAAAUAAAAUUUUCCAGUACGAAACAGAAAAACAAAACAAUUAUUUUGACAGUUUAAUACUAAAUGUCAAUUUUUCUUUGACUUUUUGUUUUUGUGUCUAUUUGUUUUUGGUUAUUUUUUUUUGUGAUUUCAAUUUGUCAACAUUGCAUUGC